AUGAGUGACCAUUCCAAGCCUACAGACACUACGACUACUGAGCCCGCUACGCCCAAGGAGGCAGUCGCUGAACAUGGUGAGACCGUUGAAACCACCAUCAAGAGCGUGAAAAUCACCAAGGAGCAGACGGCAAAACUACAACAAUUGGUGUCGCUACUUCCCCAGAUCUUGAAAGAAAUCGACAAUCAAGAGUACGACGAGAUUUUCGGCUGGAGGAUCAAUGUGGCUGACAAGGAGCACGUGGACGUUGGGGUCAGAAACGAGAUUCUCUUGAAGUUCUUGAUCGCCCAUGAGUAUGACGUGCAAGCCACCAAGGCGAAAUUGGUCAAAACAUUGAACUGGAGAAACGAGUUCCAGCCGUUGAGCGCGGCAUUCGACGAGGUUUUCACCAAGGAAUUGGCUGAUUUGGGAGUCAUCACCUACUUCAAAGACCUCGACAACCACAACUUGAAGGUUGCAACCUGGAACCUAUACGGCAACCUCAAGUCGCCCAAGAAGAUCUUCGAGAAGUAUGGAUCCGGGGCAGGCGAAGACGACGAAUUGCGGCCGGGGUCCCAGUUUUUAAGAUGGCGCAUCGGGUUGAUGGAAAAGUCGCUUGGAUUGAUCGACUUUACCGACCCCCACAACUCCAAGAUCGGCCAGGUCCACGACUACAAGGGGGUGUCGAUGUUUAAGAUCGACCCAGGAAUGAAGGCCGCCACCAAGGAAAUCGUGACCAUCUUCGGGGACAACUAUCCCGAGCUCUUGUCCACCAAGUUCUUCGUGAAUGUGCCCUCGUUGAUGGGAUGGGUAUUUACGUUUUUCAAGAAGUUGGGGGUGAUCAGCGCCGCGACUUUGAAGAAGUUCCAGGUGAUGAACCAUGGCGACUUGUCCCCAUGGUUCGGCAAGAGCCGUCUUCCUGCCGUUUAUGGGGGUGACAACGAGAAGGUCAAGCUGAUCUUCGAGUUGGAGGCCGCCCAGAGUGUCAAGGUGAGUGCUUACGGAGAGAUCUUAUUGAAAAAAUUGGGAGACAAGCAGAUCGCUGCGGUCAACGACGAUGUGGAGUAG